AGUUAAUGAGUGAUUGUGUAUUUGUAGUGCACUUGAAAGUGUACUAGUGUAUGAAAGAUGGGGUUCAUAUUCACGGUGUCCCAAAGUAGCACAUUCUAGUACACUUGGAUAAUAAGAAUUGUUGUAAGUGUAUAAAGUAUGAAAUGUUGUUGUGUUUGUGUGCAGAUGGCACCUAAGAAGGGCGAGAAGAAGAAGGGCCGCUCGGCCAUCAACGAGGUGGUGACCCGCGAGUACACCAUCAACAUCCACAAGCGCAUCCACGGCAUCUCCUUCAAGAGGAGAGCUCCUCGCGCGCUCAAGGAGAUCCGCAAGUUUGCAGUGAAGGAGAUGGGCACGCCUGACGUCCGCAUCGACACCCGUCUCAACAAGGCCGUGUGGGCCAAAGGCGUCCGGAACGUGCCGUACCGCAUGCGUGUGCGUCUGUCCCGCAAGCGUAACGAAGACGAGGACUCCCCGAACAAGCUGUACACCCUGGUCACAUACGUCCCCGUCACCACCUACAAAGGUCUUCAGACUGUUAAUGUGGAUGAAAAUUAAGUUUCCCUUCAUACUUGUUGGAAUAAAAACAUAAAAGGA